AUGGCUGGUCAGGAUAGCUCCAGACAGUCGUCCUCCGGCAGCUCUGACCAGGACAAAAUAGCUGUUGGCGGUUCUAGCAAUGCAAUUGACAAUCUUGAAGCUGCUGCUGGAAAGGAAGGCUAUCUUUUUGACACAUCCCACGCGCAAGCGGGAGAUCUGAAGACCGCUCAAGAUGGCCGUACAAUCCUCAUCCCCCAACCAUCGACAUCUCCAUUGGAUCCCCUCAACUGGUCAUGGGGGAGGAAACACCUCAUUCUCAUCGUUAUAUCCAUGACCGCAUUCCUUCCUGAUUAUGGAAGCGCAACGGGAGCCGUGACACUGCUUCCGCAGGCUGUGAUCUGGAAUAUGACCCCAGACGAGGUAAACCAUUCACAGGUCGGAAAUGUCUUCAUGUUGGGUGCCGGAGGUGUAUUCGUCGUGGCUUUGGCGGCGUACUUCGGCCGGUACCCCGUCUUUUUCUGGUUUGCGGUCAUUGCGACUGCGACUGCUGUUUGGUGCACAGCGGCCCAGACAUUUGAAUCCUUCAUGGCUGCUAGGAUUCUCAAUGGCUUUUUUUCCACUGUGGCUCAAGGGGGUGGUCUCAUGUUCAUCAAAGACCUCUUUUUCUUCCAUGAACAUGCGCGAAAAAUCAAUAUCUGGUCCAGCUUCAUCAUUGUCUCUCCGUAUCUCGGCCCGCUCUUCACAGCCUUUAUCAUCAACACACAGAUAUGGCAAUGGGCCUUCGGCGUUUACUCGAUAAUGACAGCUUUGUGCUUAGUCCUCAUCGUCUUCUACAUCGACGAGACAUACUAUGAUCGCAAGAUCCCCGAAUCUCAGCAGCCACAUCGCGGACCAAAGUGGAAGCGAAUGGUUGGAAUCGAGCAGUGGCAUUCACGCCAUUUGCGCAAUACGUUCAAAGAUGCCUGCAUGCGUCCGCUUAUCAUCAUCUGCAAACCACCCGUCUUCAUUUCCAUGAUGUAUUAUCUAUUGACAUUCGCCUGGGUUGUUGGUAUUAACACUACUCUCUCCAUUUUCCUUGGUCCCCUUUACGGCUUUGGACCUAAACAGAUUGGGUUCUUCUACUUUACUCCCGUCACUGGCGCCAUCCUCGGUGAAAUCGCGGGCCACUGGCUGCAUGACAUCAUUGCUAGAUUGGCCGCACGGCGCAACAAUGGCCGUCUGGAGCCCGAAGCCAGAUACAUAGCAACCUGGAUAGCGACCCCCUUCAUGUGCGCGGGAUUGAUCCUGCUCGGCUUCGCACUAGAGAGGGAGUAUCACUAUAUGCUAGCUUCGCUAGGAUGGGGUCUGUAUGUAUUCGGAAUUAUGAUCACGACUGUUGCAGUCAAUGCCUAUGUGCUAGACAGCUACCCCGAAGCCAGUGGAGAAGUGGCUGCGUGGAUCAAUUUCGGGCGUACGACUGGUGGGUUUGUUGUCAGCUAUUUCAUGGUUCGAUGGGCGAAUGAACAGGGCACCAUUCGUCAGUUCGGGACGAUGACGGGCAUUUGCGGCUUUGCGUUUUUGAUGGUUUUAGGAUUACAGAUUUACGGGAAGCGAAUGAGACUUUGGGCCGGCCCUGCGAAGUUUAAGACAGUCUAA